AGAGAAGGGAGGUUGUGAGAGUGAGAGCAAGAGCACUUUAGGCACAGAUCCUUGAGAGAGACGGACAGUGAGUGACGUUUCUGGUGCAACGCGUGCUUUAUUGAUUACACUUCUGGCUCCCAAAAUAAGAAAAAUGUGGGCCCAUCGAAAGGUGAUACUCAUCAGUCUGAUUCUCAUCCUGAGUCUCGUGUCGAUUUGCUUGCGGAAGCGGAAACUGAAGACAGCGGCGGAAGAGCCGAGUGUGGUGAAGAGGACGAGGAAUGUGCUGCAGGACAGCUUCUGGCUGGACAUGGAGAUCAACAAAACGAAUUUGCUGUACAUUUUCUCACUACGCAGAGCUCCGUUCUGGGAUUGCGAUUCCAGCGGCGCGGAUUCAAUUAGCGCACAGGGCAAUAAAGUCCUCUCGAUUGGCGAUAAGAAUGGAAAUAUCCAAAGUGGCAGAAACACCUUGGGCGAGAGGCGGAAGGUCAAGAGUGGUGAAGAUGUAAACAACGCCAAUUCAGCUAAUCCUGUGAUCAUUUCUUGCAUCUUGUGGCUUCUACUCUCGCUGGGGAAGGCGUGCUUUGAAAUGACAAACGACCUGAAAGAGAGAAAGAGAUCAUUAGCACAGCAAGAUGCAUCGCGGCGAUUCUCACUGCAGAACUUCUCCUUCGCGCGCAAUGAGAGGAAGUCCUUGGCGUCUGCCAAGUUCUGCCGACGCUCCACAAUUGAAUCCUUCCAGCCAGCCACAUCCUUCGCCACAAACUACGAACUUAUGAGAGCCAAUGAGGCUCUGAGGAUACUCAAUAUGACCAACACUUCACCUGUUCUCGGACGAAGAUGCUCAGUUCCUUUCAAUUCGGUGAGACAACUGCCUCGACAGUCCAGUCUGGGAUGCCAGAGUGUCCUGCAGAGGCAGAUGUCAGGAGAGAGCGGAUCGCCAGGAGGAGGAGUGGACAGGAGCCCCGAGGGAAAGCGCCGGAUGAGGCUGCUCUACAGGCACUAAAUCGCAUCAAAUAUCUCUUAAUGUGGCAUCCACAAUCUCAAUGUGAUCCAGAAUUACAUCAAUCUAGCCUUUUUCGUCCCUUUUACACACUCCAAGAAAGUGUUGUAAGAUCUUACCUUGAAUUUUACGUAAUAUAAACGAUCUUAUGGGAAAAAUUCCAUCGAAAUUGCAUGGAAAUGAGAUGAAGGGAUAAUUCUUAUGGACUGAAAAGAUUGAAUGGGUAUUUUUGAAAUUAUAAGAUAUAUAUUUCUAUAUAAAGUUUAUUAUCAAUAAAUUCACUUUACUGAUGUUUGCAUAAAGAAAUUUGUCUGACAAUCAAUAAAAUAAAAUCUUGAUGGCUUUAUCUAAUAACGCGUUAUCAGAGGAACUCUGAUGGAGAACAAUCAAUUAAAUAUGCGCUGUCCAAAGUAGCAAUUAAUCUUUUGUGUGUGUGUGUGUGUUUGUCUGUUUUGAUGAAUAUCCAAAAAUAUAUUAUUAGA